UCGUCGCGAUAUUAAUGACUGCUGAGGAGGAGACGGCGGGCGCGUCGACGUCUAUGUGGUGGUCCGCAUGACACUUGAUCGAGGGGAGAGAGGCGCCGUUAACAGCCGUACCGGAACAGACGAGCGGGAGAAAGAGGCGCAGAAGUGGAGACGUGGGGGAACCGUUACACACGUGUCUACAUUUCACCGUCUACCCAUCUCCAGAUUUACCGUGAUUUUUUUUUCUGGUUUGUUGUUGAGGGGACUUUGACGUCUGCUCUUUACCCCCUUCCCGACGAGGCUGUACCUCUCGGUUCGUUCUCGGUGGGUUCCGGAGCAGAGGAGAACCGGAGAUCUGAUUGAACUGAUUCAUCCUCAACCUCAACUGCGUAAAAAAAAAGAAGAAACCAAGCCGCGCGCUCUUCGGUGGUUUCUAUGUGGCGCGCGCUUCUCUCUCGUCUCUCGCGACCGACCAGGGGUCUCUAAAAAGGAGAUAUAGAGGGGGAUAAAAGCCCGUUACGGAGUCUAACACACCCGGUUGGAAUGGACUGGUUCAUGGACUCUGGAAGCUAGUACCGCUGAAUUAACGAGGACAGCCUUCAUCAAAGGACUCUGGAAUUUUCCGUGGAUAACGUGUAAAUGCUAAUAACUGGACCGUAACUCCCCUGAGGUAUACCAGUUUUUUUUCGGGCCAUCAUUUUUUCCCCUCCUCUUCCCCAGCCCGACUGCACCUUCCUCUGGGGCCCUUUGCCUGACUGCAGCCUUGGCCUCUGACACCGACACUAGCAGCGAGGACUGACUGAUUGGUCAUUAUAUCCAAGGACAGCAGCCAGACCCGAAGCCCCCCCAGGGGACCACAAACUGCCGUUGCUAGAGCUCGCUGUGGCGAUCGGUCGCGAGGGCUGCAAGUCAUUUGCCGAUGCAGUCGGAAACAAAUGAUUCAUUAUUCGUGAGGCCAACAGUGCACACCACUUAGUCAACAGAGGCCAGUUACCGGCGGGGAAACGGGGGGCCAAUAUGAAGGACGUGUCAUUUGCCGAUCGUCUCCUUGUGGCCCUGGCCAUGGCUUCCAUCGUGCUGGCCACCGAGGAGAGACUUGAUUGCCCCAAACUCUGCGUGUGUCAGAUCAGACCGUGGUUCUCUCCUAGCUCUGUCUACAUGGAGGCCCCCACGGUGGACUGCAACGACGUAGGACUCUUCAGCCUGCCGGGGAAAUUACCGAUGGACACGCAGGUGCUAUUGCUGCAAACCAACAACGUGGCGAAGAUCAACAACCCUUUGGAUUAUCUGACCAACAUCACAGAGAUCGACCUCUCACAAAAUAACUUAACCUCCAUCAGCGACGUGCAGCUGGGGAGCCUGCCUCAGCUUCUGUCGCUCCACAUGGAGGAGAAUUGGAUACAGGUGCUGCCCGGGAGCUGUUUGGCUGAGCUGCCAAACCUUCAGGAGCUCUACAUGAAUCACAACCUCAUUUCCUCCAUCUCCCACACAGCGUUUGAGGGCCUGCACAGGCUGCUGCGAUUACACCUCAACUCUAACAAGCUCAAGGUCAUCAGCAAGGAGUGGUUCGAGGCCAUGCCGAGUCUGGAGAUCCUGAUGAUCGGCGAGAACCCCGUCAUUUUCAUAGACGACAUGAACUUCAAACCCCUCAUUAACCUCCGCAGUCUCGUUCUGACCAGGAUGAAUCUGUCGCAGCUGCCGGACGAUGCGCUGGCGGGCCUCGACACGUUGGAGAGCAUCUCCUUCUACGACAACAUUUUCCCCGAGGUGCCCCACUCUGCCCUGAGAACCCUGAAGAACCUGAAGUUCCUGGAUCUGAAUAAAAACCCCAUUGGAAGAAUACAGAGGGGGGACUUUGUGGACAUGCUCCAUUUGAAAGAGCUGGGAAUUAACAGCAUGCCAGAGCUAGUUUCCAUUGACAGCUUUGCCCUGAACAACCUCCCCGAGCUUACCAAAAUAGAAGCGACUAACAACCCUAAACUGUCUUACAUCCAUCCCAACGCCUUCUACAAGCUACCUAGGCUGGAGACUCUGAUGCUGAACGGUAAUGCGCUCAGUGCCCUCCAUAGGAUUACCGUCGAGUCCCUCCCCAACCUCAGGGAGGUGAGCAUGCACAGCAACCCCAUCCGCUGCGACUGUGUGGUCCGCUGGAUGAACAUGAACAAGACCAAUAUCCGCUUCAUGGAACCCGACUCGCUGUAUUGUGUGGAGCCGCCAGAAUACGAAGGCCAGCAUGUUCGACAGGUGCACUUCAGGGAAAUGAUGGAAAUUUGCCUGCCGCUUAUUUCUCCUGAAAGCAUGCCCGCUCGCGUCAAGGCACAGAACGGCAGCUCUGUGUCCCUCCACUGCAGGGCAUUUGCGGAACCAGAACCAGACAUCUACUGGAUCACCCCGUCUGGUUCCAGGGUUCUUCCCAACACCGUGUCGGACAAGUUUUACAUGCACCCCGAGGGAACCUUCGACAUCUACGAUAUAACGGAAUACGAAGCGGGGCUUUACACCUGUGUCGCCCACAACCUGGUCGGCGCCGACCUCAAGUCGGUCUCCGUGGAAGUGAACGGAUAUUUCCCCCAAGCCGCCAACGGAUCUCUGGAAGUCGAGAUCAAGUCGCUAGAGGCCAGGUCCAUCGUGGUGUCCUGGAACGCCGCCCACGGCGGCGUGGCGCCAAGCAUCAAGUGGUACACCCUGACGGACGCCAACCACCCCACCAUGGCGUUCACUGCCAGGGUACCCUCCGACGUCCGGGUCUACAACCUCACCCACCUCAGCCCGGCCACCCCGUACAAAGUGUGUGUGGAGGUACGCGGCGCACACUCCAGCCACGACACCAAGUGCGUCAACGUCACCACCAAGGCGCUGGAGCGGCGAGUCCAGGACACGGCGAAGUGGGACACGGCGAUGAUCACCGUGUUCGGGUCCCUGCUGGCCAUGGUGUCUGUGGCCUGCUUGCUUAUUUACGUGUCGCUGAGGAACCGCCACCUUUACGGGGAGUUAAGGAAGUGCGAGUCCAAAGACGCGCUCACACCGCCGGAGGCCGCCGGCGUCUACUCGCCGUUCUUAACGAGGCUGUGGGUCCCGGGGAAAGGCAUGCCGAGCGGAGUGGAAGUGAAAGCCACAGUCAUAAACGUAUCUGACAAUGCCUUUUAGGAAGUUCGGCGAGAGGAGAGUACCACACGACUGCGGAAGAACAGACGAGGCCAUAGGGGGAGAAAUGAAAGACAGCUAUUUUUUUGCAGGAUUGUUCAAAUUGCAACUCUCCCGCCCCCUUCCCUUUGGGAGUUCAAACUCAGAUGUAGUGACGAGACGGAUAACGGAUUAGGGCGGAACAGAUGGAAUUGAAUGACACACUCGCCCAAGUUUGAACUUUUAACUUCAGGAGAUGGCUUUGCAACCGUUUCAUCUACCCGAGCUAACAUCGGCAGGACUGGGUUGGGCGGCGGCGGUUGGGAGUACUUGCUGUACUGCUAAAGGAUACAUUUCAGUACCAUUCCCACAGAAAUACAGACAGAGUGAGAGCAAGACAAUGCAAUGCUGAGCGGGCUCUUGUGUAAUUGACUGUUAAAUGUGUUCAGAGUUGUGGAACUGUCCGUGUGGUCCCAAGCAAUACCGUCUGUGAUUUGUCAAACAUCCAUAGACGAGUUAGAGAAAAACAGUAACUAGCGGCUGUCUAUACCUGGAAAAGAGGGAUUUAGUAGAAUAGACGAAUAACAGUGACUAUGGUGUAUACCUUUUGAUGAAAUAUACCCCUUUCCCUCCCUCUCUUUUUUCUAUUUAAAAUGAGGAUUCUUGAAUUUUCAUGGAAAUAUUGUUAUAUAUUCUACUCUACUGGUGAUGUAAUGAGAAUCCCUCUGUAUCCAUGCGGUUUAAAUGGGUUUUAAAUUGUAGGGAAGGAACCAACUGCUCUCUUGAUUACAACUAGGCCUACAUUAAGCUAAAUGAAAUUCAACUCUGGAAAUGGGAGCCUGGAGAGGACAUUUGCAGAAAUGGCUGUUUGUGCUGCGUAGUUCUCAUAGCAAUGGCGGCUGGGUAAAAUAUGAAAGGAUGUAAGAAAUUAAUCAUAUAAAGUUAUAUACAUAUGUAAAAUUUGACUCUUAAAAAGGUUGAGAUGUGUGGUGUUUUACCUCCCCCUUGAAGGUUUGGACGUGGUUUGUUAUGCCCCGGUAAGUGCCUACAACGCGGACGACAUGAAGUCAACUGAAAACAAAAAGAAAGGACGAUAAUUAAGAAAUGUUGAAAAACAGCAAAAUAUGGCCAUGUCAUCACUGCAGAAUCACAAGCUAAUCUCCAGUAAUUCUAGUGACAAAAAAAUACUUCAGCGGUAUUUUUAGCAUACAUAUUUUAAGAAAACAUUGCGUUGUUGCUUUGGGUGUAAAGUUAAAAAGCCAUUUUUAUAUUGACUGUACUAUAUGUGAUCAAUGGGCACAACAGACUUGGGAAUCGUGCUAAAAAGAAUAAAUGUGAUUGUUUCU